AAAGUUGCCAUGGAAUUAACUUCAUCAAUCCGUCAUGUUUGAUCGAUAGCAUUCGAAAAUAUACUCUGAACAAAACUAAACGAAUUUAAAAACUGUGUAAAAUGUCUUUAUUUGAUAACGGCGAUAGUAUUUUGUUGCUUAAAAAACUUCUUCAACCAAACGAAGAAUCAAGUUCUGAUUCUGAAGAUGAUAAUAAUCAAAAUAAAACUCGGAACAUAGGACCUUCUCAUUUCGGCCCAAAGAAACAAACUUCAUCAAAAACUAAGAAUCCCAGAAAUAUACCUGAACCAGAAACAGAAUCCAUCAAGAAAAAUACUAACAUUGAUGAAUGGCUUGAUAAACAAGAAAAAGAAGACACUGAGAUUUUAGAAACACGAAAAAGACCAGAAUAUUUAAUCAGUUAUAAGCAAUCAGUUGGAACUGAAGAUGUUUUUCUUCAGAUGGGCAAUAAAACCAAUGCUACUAGCAGCUGUGAAGACAUGAUAAUUGAAAUUAAAUUACCAGAAGAAACGGUUGCAGUUCAUCAAAUGAAGAUAUCAGUGACAACGUCAGAAAUCGAUUUGACCACUCCGAUUUAUAGACUCAAAUUACCUUUGGGUCAACCCAUCAAUCCGGAUAAAAGUUCAGCAAAGUAUUUUUCAGAACAAAAGCUACUGCGGUUGACAUGUCGCAUGGAUCGCGAAUAUGAUUUUGUCAAUUUUUAGAAAAUUUGUUUUGAAAUAAAAAAAA